UCAACGUCUAGCAUUUCGAAAAUGGCGGCACGAAAGCGAAGUAUAGUCUGGUCAUUUUUCCAAGCAGAAGAUGACAGGAGAGUAUUAUGUCUUCUUUGUAUGAAGACGGUUUUGUAUUUUGGUCACACGACGAAUAUGCUUCGCCAUCUACGAACGAAACACCCCGCUGAUUUUUCCUCUUUGGACAAAAGGAAACCCGUGACAGAUGCAGCAUCCAAGCGGAAUGAUUGUGUGGAAGUUACAGUGUUGAUGGAUGAACAGCAGGUGGAGGUGGAGUCUGUGGGAGAAGAUGGGGAAAUGGAUGGUGCCAUCAGAGGGAUCCUCCGUGCUGCAGCAGGGGAGGGGGUACCUGUAGGAGAGGGACCUGAGGAUGAGGGGGAGGGACCUGCUGAUGAAGUGGUGGGGAAAGACGCACCUGAUGAUGAGACCGCGCCGCUUAUGCCCGGUACUCGAAAGUGGAGUUCGGUGUGGGUACAUUAUCGGAAGCUUGGGCAGGAGCCUAGAGCCAUGUGUUUACUCUGCAUGGAGAAGAUACAGCACCGGAGUAGUACGAGUAAUCUUAUCAGACAUCUACAGCAUAAGCAUCCCACUGAGUUCGCACAACUCGAAGAGAACCCGCAAAAACGGCCUUGCAAGCGUAAAUCUGAAAAUCCAAGCCAAUGUCCCUCCUCUCCUAUAACUGGGACCCCUAAUAGGUCUCAGAUUAUGUCGCCAGUGCGUACACAAAGCAGUACCAGCCUAGAAAAAUAUCCAGGUACUAAGUGGGCUGAGGGUGUGCGUAUUUUGGAGCGAGAACGGGAGCUGACGGAGGCUUUAAGGCGUGUCCAGCAGGAGGAGGGGCGGAGCAUACAGCUGCAGAGAGAGUUACUGCAGCAAUUCCGUGAAAUGGAUGCUGAAAGGAGGGCACUUCAAAAUCAGAAAUGUGAACAAGAGCAGGAGCAUGCAAGGCUGCGAAAGGAAAAGGAAGAGAUUCAGAAGGAGAAGAAUGAACUGCAAAAGGAAAAAGAACAGAUGCAGAAGGAGAGGGAGGAGUUUCAGAAGGGGAAGGAGGAGCUGGAGAAGCAGAAACAGGAACUGGACUCCUGGAAAAAUGCUCAGGGACAGGCACAGACCUCUGGAUUUUACAAUUGUUGAUAUACCUCAUGUAUGGAAACAAGAUUUCCUUUUUAUGGAAAGAGUUUUUCCUUACCCCUUUAUCUUUUAACAAAAUUAAUUUGGAUUGGGGAAAAUGGCGUUGUGGGACUAGAGAUGACGACAGGGAUGUUAUUAUAUUGUUAUAUUUUGUUUAGCUGAAUGAAAGUUAACAUUAAUCUUCUAGGAUUUCAGACAUGCUUAGCACAUACACAAACACAUGCAUGCAAAAUAUAAACUGCCCAAAGGGUAAAUUAUAGUUUAGAUUUAUCAUGACAAGGCUAUCUGCAUACUGUACAUAAUUGUUGAAAAGCAAGCUUUGAUGUUCCAAAGUGGACCAGUGUGUGAAUGUAAGUUGUUUUUGUACAUUUCUGCACUGGAAAUAAAAAGAAAACAUUCAGCAAA